GCCGUUCCAUGCAGAAUCAUCGAGGUUGACACAUCGAACACUGCUAGUUUACUGAGUGACGAAUAUACAAAUAUUUAUCAGCGAUGGGAGGCAGUCGGAAGUCCGCGACAACACAGGCACAGACGACGUUUGGUGAAGACCGGGGUCCAUUGCGUGUCGGGCAAGAAGGUCGCGGUGAAGAUUAUCAAUCGCGAAAAGCUAUCUGAGAGUGUCCUUCAGAAAGUCGAACGAGAAAUUGCUAUCAUGAAGCUGAUUGAACACCCGCAUGUCUUAGGACUUUAUGACGUGUAUGAAAAUUCAAAAUAUCUCUACCUGAUUUUGGAACAUGUAUCCGGCGGGGAGCUAUUUGACUACUUGGUGAAAAAGGGUCGCCUCACACCGAAAGAAGCGCGACGAUUUUUCCGGCAAAUCAUUUCUGCCCUCGAUUUCUGCCACUCGCAUUCGAUAUGCCACCGGGACUUGAAACCUGAAAAUCUACUUUUAGACGAGAAGAAUAACAUAAAAAUCGCUGAUUUUGGGAUGGCUUCGUUACAAAUGGAUGGCUCGAUGUUGGAAACUUCGUGUGGGUCACCGCAUUAUGCUUGUCCAGAAGUGAUACGGGGAGAUAAAUACGACGGUCGGAAAGCAGACGUCUGGAGUUGCGGAGUGAUCCUCUACGCCCUGCUGGUGGGUGCCCUUCCGUUCGAUGACGAUAACCUGCGUCAGCUGCUCGAGAAGGUGAAGCGCGGGGUAUUUCACAUACCGCACUUCGUGUCGCCCGACUGCCAGGACCUGCUGCGUGCGAUGAUUCAUGUUAGUCCUGAAAAGCGAUUCUCACUGGCACAGAUCAUGCGCCACCAGUGGGUUACAGCAGGCAGCAAGGUAGAAUUGGAGAACGAGCUGCCGAUGAAGGAGGUUGUGCAGACGCACAUUGUGCCUUCUUCCGACGAACUGGAUCCCGAUGUCCUCGGAUGCAUGUCCUCGCUCGGCUGCUUCAAAGACCGUAACAAACUUGUCAACGACCUCCUGUCGCCAUGCCACAACAACGAGAAAGUCAUAUAUUUUCUGCUAUUAGACCGAAAAAAUCGACGCCCCGCGUAUGAAGAUGAGACUGAAGUCAUCAUCAGAAAUCGUUCCGAAUCAGCUGACCCCCCUCGCAAGCGAGUGGACCAGGCCCCUACCUACUCGCGUAUCAACGGAUGCUACGAAAAUAUGAUGCUCAGCGAAGGCUCGCCUGUCACAGGCAGACGGUAUUUUCCGGCUGCCAUGGGAUCUCGACGAAGCUCGACCACUUCCCUCACAGGGAUGUCGCCUCAGCUGUCACCAUCGAACCGGUGUGGCUCACCUCGUAUCCUUCAUGAUCAGCAGAAUAACGGCCACGGGGCUCACCCGCAUUCGCCCCUGUUGGGCCACACAUCGCUGGGCCACGCUACCGGCCACGGAAGUCAUACCGGUCUUCCUGGGCACGGUGGCUUGCCAUCACACGGGCCUCAUGAGCUCAACAAGGGCACCACGCCACCGGGCUCGCCUGGAACACCCUAUUGGCGAAACAGGAUACAUAAUACCAUCAAGAACUCGUUCCUCAUGGGAUCCCCUAGAUUUCAUCGACGAAGCAAGAUGGCCCAACCACCGUCGGGCGGGCUGACGCCCGAGUCGUCUCCCGAGUUAUCAAAGAGAUCGUGGUUUGGGGGCUUCUUGACCCCAAUGACAGCGGGCUCGCCGUUAAUGGGCGAGCGGAAGAGGAGCGCCACGUCCGCGGAAGAUAGCCGGACCACUAUCGUUAUACAAAACCGACAGCUCAGUUCUCUCAAAGCCGACUUAAUUCACGCAUUCCUGUCGGUGUCUGACCUGUCGCACAGUGUGGUGUCUCCGACAUCGUUCCGCGUCGAGUACAAACGCGGCCACUCCUCCGCCCGCUCCAGUCCCGCGUCACACUUUCAGCGCAACGUUCGCUUUCACGUCGACCUGCUUCCCCAGGAGACUGAACCCGUCGUCGGCGGUAACCAUUCGCAGGAAGUACACGAGCCGACUAGCUUCGUCCUAACAUUUACGCUCGUCUCGGGCUCGGUACGCCGCUUUAAACGUAUCACCGAGCACAUACAGGGCCUUAUCACAGGUGGCCAUCCGGUGUCCACCGUCGGAGGAGGCGCCGGUCCUUUACACCUCAACCGUGGUAGUAACAACUCAUCUGACCUCAGCGAUAGCUCGUCGUAUACAGACGAGAUUGUUCCUCCUUGCGAUCCCUUAGCCGUGGCGGGUGUUGUUGGCAAUCCCGUUGAGAGCAGUUGUAGCAGCGUUUCGAAGUACACCCUGCCGGUCACCGGUAGUCCAUCAUCUGCGGCUUCGCCACGCCACCUGUCACGCUGCAAGUCCGAUCAAGAACCCGUUGUACAUAUUCCACCGUUCAACAGCCGUCGAUCGAGUUAUAGUUCUAGGGACGAAGUGUGACAGCCCGUGACGGCACUCGUCGCAAACGAUACUAAUCGCAGCAGUAGCGGCAACACUAAGGAUAAUACCGUUGCUAGUCCCAACCAUAGCAGCCUCGGCAGUAGUCGCAGGUUGUCCCUUCAGCAGACGUUGCCACAGGGAGCAAAUCACCAGGAGAAUCAGUCGCCUCAGCCACCGCCGACAUUGCAAGGUCUAUUAGAGGGUUUGAAUCAUCGCUGUCGUCAUCGUCUCGUCCAGCGGCGUGAACACGACCUGCAACAGCGUCAUAAGUACCGCCAAAUUCAUCUGCUGUUUCAUGAAGGCCUUCAUCUAAACCAGAAUCAACGGGGGAAGCAACGGAAAUAGUAGCCGAAAAAAUAUAAACGGCAUCAAAAACUUCACCAUCCGGGGACGAUGUCUUCUUUAACGCUGACUGAUUGAGGUUCCAGACUUCUGGGAGCGCAGUGCCCGCGCAGAGAAAGUCAGAGAUCCAUCACGUAGAUGCCAGGCUGUUAGAAAUAGCUAGUCAGACUAAGGAAAGAAAACGACCUCAGAUCGAACGUUUUGAGAGGUUAGAAAACUGUAGGGAAACGAAAAUGGCGAAAGAUGUGAGCCAACGUCGAUGCAAAAAUUUCAACUGACAUGCGAAGCAAAAAACAACCUGCGCUGACGGGAGAGGGUCAGAGAGCACUCGGAGCCAGAGAAGUCAGGUCGAAGACGAGGUAACGAGAAAAAAUUGAUAGCUUUGUGAAGACCAUUUUCUGAUGCUGAAGAGUGGGCGCUGCGUUUCCUCGUAAACAGAGGUCAUCGAUAAGGCGCAAAAGUUAUAGUGAUUGUAUAACAAUAUGACACGAGGCCUUGAAUGAGAAAAAAAAAGCGUAGAUUGAAGAAAAUAUGUACGUAUAAUGCACACGUCUGAACACUUCGCGUGACGAUGGUUUUUAAGCGGCAAGUGUGAGCGCUAAGUGGGCUGGUAAUAUUUCACCCACAUUCUUACAGACAACAACACUAUUAUGGCCAGCAGCAACAUCAACAAUUGCAAACAAAUGAAACGGAGACUCGCGAAUCAGUGCGUAGAAUCUACACUUCAUUCUAUAAUGGUAAGGUAUUGGCGGUGAAGUUAUGGAAAACGAUAAAGAAAAAUAAAUUAUGAUGCCGCAUUGUAUAUAUAUUGCGCAGAUGCUAAUGGUGUUGUCUCAGUGUCGCAACCUCCCCCUUGCGGCAGGGGGUGGGAGGUUAUGAUGCCUUUUGUUGGGCUCAUUUUGUUUAUAUAAUACUAACAAUAAUCGUAAACAGAACGAAAUAAAUAAGCUACAAGCUGAUGGGGAAGUAUAUAAGGAUUAUUACCGCGAAGAGAAAUACAGACACAUAUCUACAUACUGCAAUUGACUGAUUAAGUAAUUGUUUGAUUGCCUGAUCCAUUCCAUGAUUAAUUUUUAAAGGUUGAUUGUAUCGUACGACGAGUGAGCCGAUUUGCAGCCAUAGCAGAUGACAACAGCUGACAAGGCCGUAAUUAGAUGGCCUUGUGACAGUAGUAGAAAAACACAAGAUUGGGGUAAAGUAAUGAGUGAGUGAUAAACACAUAAAAAAUAUAUAAACUCAAUAACUUAGAAACGCGAUAGACUACUACUGUAUGUCAAAAAGCAGUCAUACACCAAAAUAAACACAAUUGUAUUUAUGUAGAAGGCAGAAAAACAUGAAUAAUAACAACAAUAAUAAUGAAUAUGAUGAUCUCUUUUAGCCUGAUAACGAUUCUUAGCAACCAAACGGAUGAGUAUACAAAUCGAUUAUACGAAUACUAAUGAUAAUAUAAAUAGUUAUAAUUAUAUUAAUCAAGAUAACAACGACAGCAGAAAACGUAACAUGCGAUAUGGAACAAUGACAAUAUAUAAUGCUAAUUAUGAUCCUUUAUGGAAACUAAUAACAGUGAAAAAAUCUUUGUGUAACAAUUGAUGAACGUGACAGGGGUGCCUCAAAUGUCUGGGAGCAGCUCCGGGAUGGGAGCCCGAGGGCAGUGCAUGGAAGGAAUGUAGACCUCAGAUGCUACCAAAAAGAGGUAUUCAAGCGGCGAGAUAUUUCGACACAGAGUGACUAGACACUAAAAGGAAAACAAAGAUGAAAAAGCUGAAGAAUAAUAAAAUAAAAAAAAAAAACGAGAAAUGCUGAUUUUUCAUAAGCGAGCAGGGAAACAAUAUGGAUGGAUGGAUGGAUGGAUGGAUGGAUGGAUGGAUGAAUGGAUUGAAGGCAAAAAGUACAUACAUAGUUAGUAAUGACAGUUUGCGCAACGACGUCCAAAAAUAAGUCCGAUAAGAUUUGUUCACACUACAAGGAAUGGAUAUAUAAAUAUAAUUACAUGAACAUAGUAUAUAUUCAAAGCAGUAUUUCAUGAAAUGACCGUAAAACUAAUAAUGAUAUAAAGAAGAGCAUGUAAGACGGCUUGAACCCAUGAUAAUAUAGAAAUAAUAGUAAUAUUAAUAAUUACAAUAUACGCAAAACGAAAUCGCAAAAAUGAUGAUACGACUAAACGCGGCCUCGUGAUGAAGAUAACACAAUAACGACGCGGACAUGGAAUGGAAAGCGAAGCCCUUGUGCGAAAUAAUUCGUCAGACGGAUAGAUUUAUCAGAAAGCAAAGUACCCACCAUAAAAGUCAUUUUGUUGAAAACAUUAAUACACAUAUAAUUUUUAGGAUGGAGUAACUAUAUAUAAAUAGGACUGGCAGUCGACAACUGUCCCUAAUAUCUGCUAAUGGACGCUGUCCUACAGAAAAAGACAGACGGACGCUAUUGAGUUCAGAAUUCUACGUGUGUCGUAAUUGUUCGCAUGAGAGGUAGAAACGAUAUAAACUAGGAAAGGCUAAGUUCAAUAUUGGACAGAUUCUUUUUUUCUGAGCUCCAGGUAUCCAGAAGUAACUAAGAAACUAAGAAGAAACUAAGAAAAAUAUUUAAGUAAAUGCUAUAAUUAUAUACGAUGAAGCUAAUGGCUAUGCGAGAAAGGCGGUGUAGGGAGUGGGAUGUGAAGGAACAACAGAUUGGAUAGGUAAGCAUUGCCUCAACUAUUGGCACAAAAAAAAAGGAGCGUUAAAAGCGAACGUGUUGCCGGUUCAAUCGACCUAAAGCAUGCAGACUUUUUCGUCGGCAGCAGCAGAAUCAACGGAGUUUUGCUGAGAAUAGGGCAAAAUAAACAAAAGCUGCCAGAGAUACGAAAAUACAAAAAAGAAGUACACAGAGGGGGCGCGCACAGUCUGACAGAGGGCAUGUCAUAAAACUGACAAGUUAUACGAGAGGAAAAAAUGUACUACGUACACGUACGAAGACGACGAUGAGGUGAAAAGUGAAGAUUACUUUGGGCGGUUUUGUGGUCUACCUAUACGAUUUAGAAACACAACGGUAACAUAUAACUACAUUGUACUAACCUUAAUAAUAACGGCAAAAACGGCAGUGAAUCAUUCAGAGAGUAAUAUUAUAAUAAAACAAAUAAUUAAUCCAUCACA